AUGAGAGGUCGUUUUAAACGGCUUAGUGAAAAUGCACAAAAGUGGGUUGGUGUAUAUCGGGAAGCAUGGAGUCGAAGAAGAAGUGGAAUGAGUCAAAAAGAUAUUGAAAACGAAGCUCAUAAACUUUAUGAGGCAAGGGGGAAUAAGUUCAACGACAUUAUUGUUUUUAAUGAAUUUAUGUGUAAACACGAGAAGUGGGCUUUAGAGUUAGAUCGUGACACAACGCGUUCCCAUCCUGAAUGUGAAGUGGGUAAUGAAGAAAGUGGUGGUAGCUCGAAAAGAUCAAGGAGCACUGAAGAAGGGGAGUAUUGUGUCCAUUCCAACACAGAAACGCCAACUAGUGAUGGUUCAACAGUUAAACGUCCAACAGGCAGAGAUGCGGCAAAAAAAGGGAAAUGUAAGGCUUCUAACGAAAUUGUUACAGAACUUUGUGCAAUGAGGCUUGCUAUAGAAAGUGAACUUGAAGUCAUGAAAAAAAGAAUCAACUUGGAUAAAGAAAUGCAGCAACAAAGAAUCUGUCACACCCCAAAACCGGAACGGCGGAAUCGUUCGGGGGUGGAGGACGUCAUGUACAGUAUCACAACAAUGAAUAGUAGUAAACAAGCAACAACAUCAUUCAUUGCAUUAAUAAUAUAA